GUUAGAUUGUGAAUCAUAGGAGGGUACAAAUGAGGUACCAAAUGUAAUAAAAUUCAGACUUGUGCUACAAUGAAUUUCAUAAAUUCGUGUUAUUUUAUCAUUUAUUUAUAUUUAAAUUAAUUAAGUGUAGGUGCAAACAAACCUUUAAAUCAUGAAUCCCCCGCAUUUUUUUAAUGAAUCCCCCGCAUUGUUUUGCUCACUUGCUUAGUUGUCACCACGUUUCAGCCAUGCGACCCAUCCACAUGUCCCAUUCUAAUCAAAGUAAAACUGAUUCACCCAGAAAGAAAGCACGUAAUACUCCAACUUUCACACUUGAUGAAACCAUCUCGAAAUAGGAAUUCUAUAAAAAGCCAAUUCAAGAUUGAACUAUAUGUCUAUACUUGAUUAAUAAUUAUGAUGAAGAUGCUUAGGAAUGGGUUGAAACGGGGAUUGGAGAGCGGAGGAUGGCUGUUUAAGGAAGAAGGAAAGGGAUCAUCGGAGAAGUUUGCGAACCUAAAAGGGCACCCGGUUGCUCAAGAACACGCCAAUCAGUCCCAUCUUGCAGGGAAGGUACUGAAGACGGAAAGUGUGAUGAUGAAAGAAUUCAAAAUAUACAGAUGGAAUCCGGAUGCUAAUCCCAACUCCAGACCGUUCCUUCAGUCCUUUCACGUAAACCUCUCCUCCUGCGGCCCCAUGGUUCUGGAUGCACUUGAGAAGAUAAAAGCAGAAGAGGACUCGAGUUUGAGUUAUAGGAGGUCUUGCAGAGAGGGGAUAUGUGGGUCCUGUGCCAUGAACAUUGACGGCGUCAACACCGUCGCGUGUCUCAAGCCAAUUGACACUAACACCGCCACUUCCACCGUCAUUACUCCCCUCCCUCACUUGUACGUCAUCAAAGACUUGGUCGUCGACCUUACUACCUUCUACCACCAAUAUAAGUCGAUAGAGCCGUGGCUGAAGAUGAGAAGGCCCCCGCGCAACGGCAAGGAGUACAAGCAGACACCGGAGGAGAGGAAAAGACUGGACGGGCUAUAUGAGUGCAUCUUAUGUGCUUGUUGCUCCACAUCCUGCCCUUCCUACUGGUGGAACCCUGAGCAGUUUCUCGGGCCCGCCGCGCUGCUUCACGCUUUCCGUUGGAUAUCGGACAGCCGGGAUGACUUUGGAGAUGAGAGGUUGCAGGCGCUCACUGAGGACCAGAAAAGAUUGUACAGGUGCAGGACUAUAAAAAACUGCAUGGCCUGUUGCCCCAAGAGCCUCAAUCCUGCAAAUGCUAUACAUAAGAUGAAAGCCGCACAUCUCACUCUAUACCACGAACAGGCGAGCAGCUAGGAGCCGAACGUCCAUGAAGCUGAUCAAAGUUAGAGUGAAGGAGGGACUGAUCAAAGCUGAAUUGCCCCGUAAAAAUUCUCCGGAAGUCUAUAAAAAAAAUUGACUACAUUAAUUUUCUCGUGUGAACUAUAAAAAAAUGCACUCAAGGACAGGGAUGGA